AUGGAAGACAUCCAGAAAAAGAGUCGGACUGUACCAGGAUUUGAAGAUGCUUGGGUUGCAUCACUCCAAGAGAUGGAAAAAAUGCUUCAGGAGAGAGUUGAGCGGAUCCAGUUGAAAGGUCAAAACUUUAAAUGUCUCAGUGCAGCUACAAAAGAUGCAAUCAAUGAAUUUGAGGAUGAUAUCCAGAACAUUGAUCCAAAACUUGUUAAGGGACAAUAUCAGCAAGUGAAUGUGAACAAAAAGCAGAAAUAUCAGGACUUUUUGAAGACUCACUGUCUAGAGCGCACAUACACUUUUCAGUUAUUCAGUUUUCCUUGGCUGCCUGACCCAGAAAUUGCCUCGGAUGGUCAGCACUUCAAGCCCUUUGAUGAAGUACUUGGCUUUCCUACGACUGAAAAAGACCGUCCAUCUUCUCAAAGGCAAACCCUGACUGCUAUUGUGGAAGAUCAACAGGGCUGCAAGAAUUCAGUACUUGUUGGUCAGAAUGUCCGGCAGACGGUUCACUGCCAUGAAUGUGGGAAACCACGCUGUGUCUACUCAAAAUCCUCUUUCACAAGUCGUGAUACCAGGUCCUUCAAGCGACUGAUCGAGUCUCAUGACUACACUUGUGGGUCCAUCUUGACCCCUGAUGGUCACAUACUUCAAGGCAAGGAAUUUGUCAGACUUCAGAUAUGCUGUACCACUCCAAUCGAGUUUGCAUAUUUUGCAUCAUCGUCCAUCGUCCGCAAGGAUAUAUGUUGUCAUUGUGGGAGUUUCGGGGCAGAACAAGACAAGGAUCUCAUGCAGAACUAUCGCGUUUGCGUGUUUGCAUUAAUUGCAAGCACCUUGGAUCUCCAAAGAGGAAUCCUAUUCGGAAAUGAAUAUGUUAACUAGUGUGUUAAUCUUAACUAUAAAACAGUACACUUUAAGCUGGUUGCUUUGUUAUAUUAUCUGUAGAACAAAAGGCUACAUUUUACUUUAAACCAAUAGUGGUGCAAAUACCGGUAAGUUAAAUUCAAAUGAUUUAUUUUCUUGAAUAUGUAUGGAAUCCCCACCCCACCCCACACAACUCAAAAAAAAAAAAAGAAGAUUUUUCCUACCGACCUACCCACAUUUGAAAUUGCAGGUCGGAAAUGGACAAACAAAAAUAUUUUUAAGGAUGGCCUUAGGGACAUUAUAUUAAGUCCAUCACGGUGUCCGUCGUCCUUUGUUUACGAACUCGCCUAAUCGCGUGUUGUAACAAAAGGAUUGGCUGCACUUGGGCAUAUCAGACCCGUAUGAACAAUAUCUGGGGGUGGAGGGGG